UGGGUUGUUCUUAUUUCAGAGGUUGUGGUGAGCCCACCAUAUGUGUUUCUUCCAGUGGUGAAGAGUUCGUUGAGGCCUGACUUUCAUGUUGCGGCACAAAACUGCUGGGUCAAGAAGGGUGGCGCCUUCACUGGUGAAGUUAGUGCUGAAAUGCUGGUCAAUCUGGAGGUUCCUUGGGUCAUUCUUGGUCAUUCUGAGAGAAGACUUAUUUUAGGCGAAUCCAAUGAGUUUGUUGCCGAUAAGGUUGCAUAUGCACUAGCUCAAGGUUUGAAGGUGAUUGCUUGUGUUGGUGAGACUCUCGAGCAGCGAGAAUCUGGCUCGACCGUGGAGGUUGUGGCUGCACAAACCAAGGCCAUUGCAGCAAAAGUGUCAGAUUGGACCAAUGUUGUAUUGGCCUAUGAGCCCGUGUGGGCCAUUGGAACUGGCAAAGUUGCAUCUCCAGCUCAG